ACAACUACCACAAAAACCAGUGAAACCACCUCAACAGGUACCACUGAAACCACUGAACCCACCUCAACAAGUACCACCAAAACCACUGAACCCACCUCAACAAUCACCACAAAAAGCAGUGAACCUACCUCAACAAUUACCACAGAAACCAGUGGAAGUACCUCAACAAGCACCACCAAAACCAGUGAUCCCACUUCAACAAGUACCACAGAAACCAGUACCACAGACACCAGUGCAAACACUGCAACAAGCACCACAAAAACCAGUGAACCCACUUCAACAAGUACCACAGAAACCAGUGGAAGUACCUCAACAAGAACCACCAAAACCAGUGAACCCACUUCAACAAGUACCACAGUAACCAGUGAAACCACCUCAACAUCCACCACAAAAACCAGUGAAACCACUUCAAUAAGCACCACAGAAACCAGUGCAAAAACCAGUGAAACCACCUCAACAAGUACCACUGAAACCACUGAACCCACCUCAACAAGCACCACAAAAACCAGUGAACCCACUUCAACAAAUACCACAGAAACCAGUGGAAGUAUCUCAACAAGCACCACCAAAACCAGUGAACCCACUUCAACAAGUACCACAGAAACCAGUGCAACCACCUCAACAUCCACCACAGAAACCAGUGAACCCAAUUCAACAAUUACCACAGAAACCAGUGCAAGCAACUCAACAAGUACCACAAAAACCAGUGAAACCACCUCAACAAGUACCACUGAAACCACUGAACCCACCUCAACAAGCACCACAAAAACCAGUGAACCCACUUCAACAAGUACCACAGAAACCAGUGGAAGUACCUCAACAAGAACCACCAAAACCAGUGAAGCCACUUCAACAAGUACCACAGUAACCAGUGAAACCACCUCAACAUCCACCACAAAAACCAGUGAAACCACUUCAAUAAGCACCACAGAAACCAGUGCAACCACCACAACAAGUACCACAAAACCAGUCAUUAAAACCAGUGAACCCACUUCAGCAAGUACCACAGAAACCAGCGGAAGUACCUCAGCAAGCACCACCAAAACCAGUGAACCCACUUCAAUAAGUACAACAGAAACAAGUGAAAGUACCUCAACAAUCAACACAGCAACCAGCCAAACCACAUUUGUUACGAGAGAAAUCAGUGAACCCACCUCAACAAGUACCACAAAAACCAGUGAACCAACUACAACAAGUACCACAGAAACCAGUGCAAACACCUCAACAAGUACCACUGAAACCACUGAACCCACCUCAACAAGUAUCACUGAAACCACUGAACCCACCUCAACAAGCACCACAAAAACCAGUGAACCCACUUCAACAAGUACCACAGUAACCAGUGAAACCACCUCAACGUCCACCACAAAAACCACUGAAAUCACUUCAAUAAGCACCACAGAAACCAGUGCAACCACCACAACAAGUACCACAGAAACCAGUGCAAGUACCACAACAAGCACCACAGAAACCAAAACCAGUGAACCCACCUCAACAAGUACCACAAAAACCAGUGAACCAACUUCAACAAGUACCACAGAAACCAGUGCAACCACCUCAACAAGUCCCACAAAAACCAGUGAAACCACCUCAACAAGCACCACAAAA